UGAUACCUGCAGGAGCAGCGGAAGUCUGGCAGGGAUGGGCGUGUCCCAAAACCGGGGGAGUGUGAUGACUACCAUCCACUGACUGUUCUCCACAGACUACCACACCACCAGCACGUAGCCUCCGAGCAGAGGGAAACCAAAAAUGCCUAUUCUGCUACAAAUAUAAUGGUCACGAGAGAAGCCAUGGACGACGUAUGAAAUGAUCCCCUGUACGUUGUUUUAUGGAGUGUUGAUCGGCUGUAGAAAAUGAGACAUUAAGAUAGGAAUACCUCGAUGAGAUUACAAUUUAAGGAUCUGAAUGCCUGUUUCAUGGGCGAUGGAGUUGAGCAGGCAACUCUGUAUGAAGAUGAGGAAAAAUAGGAAAGCCCAGCCCUCCGUUCCUGCUUCCUCUUCAGGCCUUGAGAUCCACUUUUAUAUUCGCGAAUCACCUGAACUGAAGUAUUUGAAAGGAUGCUUCACUGCUGAGACGCUCUGUGUUCAUGCCGCGAAAUAUUGCAGAAUCUCUCCCUUGUGCCAUAACUUGUUUGCUCUGUACAAUGAAACCACUCGCACCUGGUACCCGCCCAGCUAUGAGUUCAAUGUCACGGAUGACACUUUUAUCAAGUUACAUUUUCGCAUGAGGUUUUAUUUCAGAAACUGGCAUGGAACUACUGAAGGAGAGUCCCCAGUUUGGAGGCACUGCAUUAGCAAACUCAGAGGACAAAACCCACAGAAAACACCUGAAGGAACACCUCUUCUUGAUGCUGGUUCCUUGGACUACCUGUUUGCGCAGAGUCAGGCUGACUUUCAGCAAGACGUGUUUCCAAUGCGGGUAACCCAUUCUGAGGCAGAGCAGCAUGAGAUGGAAAACGAGUGUUUGGGGAUGGCUGUGCUUGCCAUCACACAUCUGGCUAUGAUUGAUACCAAGCCGCUAUCAGUUGUUAGCCAUGAAAACAGCUACAAAGACUUCAUUCCAGAUUCGCUGAAUCGCACCAUCAAGCAGCGCAACUUUCUGACACGUAUUCGCAUCAAUAACGUGUUCAAGAAGUUCCUGAACGAGUUCAACAUCCGAACGGUUCAGGACAGCAAGAUUACUCCCUAUGAUCUGAAAAUCAAGUACCUGGCCACAUUGGAGGGGCUGAGCAGCAGCCUGGGCAGUGAGGUCUUCGAGCCACUCUCACUCAGUGUAGUGCAGGAGGAAGAGCUCUGCAAUGGAAAUAACUAUGGCUAUUCAAAUCAGAGCCAAGGCCAAAGCCUGAGUCAGAACAUAGAGACAAGUCUGGGCAUGCAGGUCCAUGUUACUGGUACGACUGGCAUUUCAUGGAGAAAGAAACCAACUACCACAUCUGUGAUCUCCAAAGAAAAAGGGAAGUCAAAGAAAAGCAAGCAGGAAGGAAAGAAGAAAUACGAACAUAACAAAGAGGACAGUGAUGGCUGGGUGGUUUUCUGUGAUUUCUUUGAGAUCACACACACAGUCAUCAAAGAGGCAAUGGUCACCAUCAAAAGGCAGGACAACAAGAAGAUGGCAGUGCAGAUGGUGAGCAGGGAUGAUGCUCUAUCCUUUGCCGCCCUUGUGGAUGGCACUGAGUAUGCCAUGAGCAAGCUACGCCAGGAGAGUAACGGAGAUGGUUCCUACAUCCUGCGUUGGAGCUGCAUUGACUACGAGAACAUCAUCAUCACAGUCGUCUGCCAUGAGCAUGAUUUGAAGGAGUCUCGUGAAACUCGCCAGUAUAAGAACUUCCAGAUUGAGAGUGUACCGACAGGGUUCCGCCUGUUCGGGACCGACACCCUGCGGCCUACUCUGAAGGAACUACUGGAGCACCUGGAGGGUCAGAGUCUUCGCACAGAAAACCUCAACUUCCACCUGGUUCACUGCUGCCCACCACAGCCACGAGAAAUUUCUAACCUCCUGGUGGUGACUAAAGAAAGAGCCUUGGUUCCUCAGACGACGGUGCAAGAGAGUCAACUGAGCUUCCUUCGUAUUCUCAAGGAGGAGAUCGAACAGGAGGAGCAUCUUGGCUUGGGCACAAAAACCAACAUCUAUGCUGGCACUCUGAAGGUGAAGAGUGUAGAUGAUGAAGAUGCGGGGUAUACGUCUUUCCAGGAGUUCAAGGUGGUCCUGAAGGUGCUGGGUUCUGGACACAGGGAUAUCUCCUUGGCAUUCUUUGAAACAGCUAGCAUGAUGCGACAAGUAUCUCACAAACACAUCGUGCUGCUCUAUGGAGUGUGUGUCCGCCACCGGGAAAAUAUCAUGGUGGAAGAGUUUGUCCAACUGGGACCACUAGAUGUGUUUAUGCGGAGACAGCAGAGUCCUCUAAGCACACCGUGGAAGUUCCAGGUGGCCAAGCAGUUGGCCUCAGCUCUCAGCUACUUGGAGGACAAAAAGCUGGUCCAUGGCUUUGUGUGUGCGAAGAACAUUCUGCUGGCCAGAGAUGGACUGGUUGCUGAUGAAGGGGGACCCUUCAUAAAGCUCAGUGACCCAGGGAUACCGAUUACAGUACUCUCCAGGGAGGAGUGUGUGCACCGCAUCCCAUGGAUCGCUCCAGAGUGUGUGAAAAAUGUGUCAUCCCUGAGUGUGGCUGCUGACAAAUGGGGCUUUGGUACCACCCUGUGGGAGAUCUGCUAUGAUGGAGAGGUUCCGCUCAAAGACAAGAAGCUAACAGAGAAGGAGAGAUUUUAUGAAAUGGAGUGCCAGCUAGCCACCCCAGACUGCAAAGAGCUGGCUGAACUCAUGACCCACUGCAUGAACUACGACCCUAAAAAGAGGCCGUUCUUCAGGGCUAUCGUCAGAGAUAUCGACAUGUUGGAGGAAAAAAAUCCAUCUAUCCAACCCAAACCCACACAAGAGGUGGACCCGACUCUUUUUGAUAAGAGAUUCCUGAGGAGAAUCAGAGAUCUGGGAGAGGGUCACUUUGGUAAGGUGGAGCUGUGUCAGUACGAUCCACGGGAAGACAGAACAGGUGAGCUGGUCGCAGUGAAGUCACUGAAGCCUGAAAACCGAGAGGAACAGAGCAACAACCUCUCCAGAGAGAUCGACAUCCUGAAGGCUCUGUAUCAUGAAAACAUCGUCAAGUACAAGGGUAUCUGCAAGGAAGAUGGUGAUCAAGUUGUUAAGCUGAUCAUGGAGUAUCUUCCACUGGGCAGUUUGAAGGAGUACCUACCGAGAAAUAAAUCCAAGACCAGCCUGAGCACUCUGCUCAACUACUGCAUCCAGAUAUGCAAGGGGAUGGACUAUUUGGGAUCUCGGAAUUACAUCCACAGAGACCUUGCUGCCCGAAAUGUGCUGGUAGAAAAUGAGAACAUGGUCAAAAUAGGAGAUUUUGGCCUCACCAAGAGCAUCAAAGACAAUGAGGGAUAUUAUACUGUCAAAGAUGACCAUGACAGUCCAGUCUUCUGGUAUGCUCCAGAAUGUCUGACUCUCUGCAAGUUUUACCUUGCCUCAGACGUCUGGUCAUUUGGUGUCACGAUGUAUGAGCUCAUCACUUACUGCGACCCCUCCAAAACCCCCAUGACGGGCUUCCUUGAUAUGAUUGGCCGAACUCAUGGUCAGAUGACUGUCAUUCGCUUGGUGAAGCUGUUGCAAGAAGGAAAGAGGUUACCACGUCCUGACGGAUGUCCUGUGCCUGUGUAUGAGCUGAUGCGGAGGUGCUGGGAGCAGGUGCCCGAGAGGAGAAUUUCUUUCAGCCGUUUGAUCGAGGAGCUGAACACCUUGCUGCAGCAUAACAACCAGUAAACGUCCUUUUGCCGGAGGGUCUAGCAGCAAAGCUCACUUUACCUACUGACUUGAGACCAAAUGCAAAAGAAGCCACCGGUCAGCUUCUUCUUGUGCAUAUUUACUGCACAUGAAGACUCACCCCAUUACGAACCACGAGCAUGACAUGUGACUCAAGUCUGACCAUUUUAGUCUGCCAUAUUUAAUUAUUUUUUGUUUUUUUUAUUGAUGAUGGUUAUAUGAGCCUCCCUGGUCUGAGGUGAUUCGUUGGGAUAUUUGAGGCUCCUUCCAGCAGGCCCAAAAUCUAAGAACUGUUUGACUGGAAUGGACAUUACUGAUGGAUGUUUGGAAGAUGGAAACCAGAGAAAGGAACUUUUUACUUUGACUUGGCUUUAAUGGUUGUGUGGCAGCAGUCGAGCUGAUCAUUGUGAAGUCACACUUUGAUGUGUGUGAUAUGAACGAUUGGACAACACCAACAUUCAAGCCAGGAAGAUUAACCAUCAAGUUUUUUUCAAUGUCAUGGAUUUUACUGAUGACAACCUAGAUUUGUUUUUCACGUUGUGCAGAUGCAGCUUCUGUAAAGUGGUUUUGAGUAGAGCCAGUAAUCACUCAGCAGUAUUUUCCCUUUUCUUUUAUCCUCUUAUCGGGUUAACUGGUUUUAAAAGUUUUGAAGCAAGAAUGGCAUUCACUCUCAGCAUACCCCCUGUAAAUAUGAUUUAGAUUGGAUAAAAAUGUGAAAAUUCAUUAAUGAAACUGAGCCAUUUUUCACUAUUUGAUUUUUUUUUAAGGCAAAACCAACAAAAUGAAAAAUUAUUGUAAAAAAGAAUGAACCCCUAUGGAAGGGAGCUGUUGAAGCUGCAUUUGCACAGGAACAGAUUUUUUAAACUUUAUUUCUACUUCUGUCUGAUAUGUACACAUUUAAAGCCAGGAAUAGUUUAAUCUCUGUAUAUAUGCCUAUUCCCUAUGGCCAGAAAGCAAGGUAAGGUGGUAUACGGAAUUUAAGGUGAGAAGAAUCUAAGAGAAGGUUUCUUUUAUGUAGUGAAAAACUUCAUUUGCAUAGCCAAAAACUUGCAUUACUGUGACCCAAGGGUCUCCUUAAAGUGACUGUAAAUGUGUGACAUUGUCAAAAGGAAAAAGAUUAAUUUCAGUCCGCAUUUUAUUCAGGUAUGUAAAAAACAAAUCAUUCUACUCUAGAGAAAAUGGAGAGAGAUAUAUGAUUUAAAAAAGAGCCAUGAAUACACAAUAGAAAUAAAGAAAAUUCAUGUUUUUUAGCCUAGUGAUGUUAACUACUGAAAGCAUUUUAUUUAUUACAGCUGGAAGUAGGCAUGCUAAAAUAGCUAUAGAAACAUAGUUUUCACUGUAAAAUCAUAUUAAUCUCAGUGAUGGAAAAUGUAGCUAAAUCUACAUUGUAUUUCCGCUCAGGAAAAAAAAACCCAACACAUACUUAAAACGUAAAGCGAAAACAUUUUACAGAUCUCAAAACCCAGCAACACCUAAAUUACCCUAUAAAAUGAUCAACCCCUAAAGGACACAGCAAUGGCCUGAAAUGAGGUGGAUAAUACAUACAUGCAUUACUUGGUGAAGGUUGAUGUUAAAGUUUUAUAUGUUUGCUUUUUGUUUAGAACCGUUCAUGACCUUCAGUUCUUUUCGCAGCUCGAACGCUGUGUGAGCAGAGCAUCUCCUCAUGCCCGGUUCACACAGCUGCCGACCAGCCUCUCGCUCUCACCGACAGACCUUUCUUGCUAAAAUAAACACAUAAAGGCAAUUAUAUUGUUCCUGUCUUAUUAAGACUUUUAAAACAAAAUGCAACAUCGGGAUGCCAAAGGAACUCAAAGACUGGCAC